AUGGGCCUCUUUUCACGCAAACGCUUUGGAAAGUCGUACACUAUCGACGAACGCGCUGUCAAUGCCAAAGGCAAGCAGCAACAACCACAACCUGGCCAAAUCCCACUCUCGGAGCGAGCGCACCUGCUCGAUGCUGCAGCGAUUAUUCGCAAACUGCGCUCUAGUGAACACGAUGGCCUGACCCAAGAAGAAGCUCAACGCCGCCUCGAAGAAUAUGGCGAGAACGCUCUUGAUGACGAAGGAGGUGUCUCUGCCAUCAAAGUCUUAAUUCGUCAAAUGGCCAAUGCACUUACACUUGUCCUCGUCGCCGCUUGUGCCCUUUCUUGGGGUGUGCAGGACUGGAUUGAAGGUGCUGUCAUUACCGCCGUCAUCCUUCUCAACGUCACGGUUGGUUUCAUCCAAGAAUACAAGGCCGAGAAAACCAUGGACUCUUUGCGAUCUCUAUCAUCCCCUACUGCCCUCGUAUUGCGAGAUGGUGAAGCGCAAACUGUUCCAUCCCGCCAUGUCGUCCCAGGUGAUAUAGUCUUGAUCAAGCUUGGUGACGUUGUCCCAGCGGAUAUGCGUGUUAUUACGGCCGCAAACGUCGAGUGUGACGAGGCACUUUUGACCGGAGAAGCUUUGCCUGUCUCUAAAGUAGUCCACCGGUUACAUAAUGGAGCCGAUCGCAAGCCCCCCGCUGACGACUCUGCCGGACCGGACCCCGACCAAGUGCACACUGACGGCGAUGUUGGCGUAGGCGACCGCAUCAACAUGCUCUUUUCAUCUGCCAAUGUUGUCAAGGGUCGUGCCACCGGAAUCGUCGUCGCUACUGGAAUGGGAACUCAAGUCGGUGCCAUCGCUGCAGCCAUGAAGAAGAAAAAGGGCAGCCGCGUUCCGAAGAGAACCGGCGAUGGUCAAAAGAUUAGCUUACCUAAACGUAUCAAAGAGCACAUUAUGGUUAUCCUCGGUCUACGGUCCGGUACUCCACUUCAGAUCAAACUGUCCAAGCUCGCCUAUCUCUUGUUUAUCUGUGCAAUCAUCUUGGCUAUCAUCGUCUUUGCUGUAGCACGAUUCAACAUAUCCAAUGAAGUCGCCAUCUACGCUAUUGCCCUUGGGAUUGCAAUCAUUCCUGAAUCUCUUAUCGCUGUCCUUACGAUCACUAUGUCGGCCGGUACAUCCCGUAUGGCCAAGCAACACGUCAUUGUCCGCAAGUUGAACGCACUCGAGGCACUUGGAGGUGUGACGGACGUCUGCUCGGACAAAACUGGUACCUUGACCCAGGGCAAGAUGGUGGUCCGCAAGCUGUGGAUUGCUUCGGGUUUGGUUGGAAAUAACGAGAAGGUCUCUGGUUCUGGUACCGGUCAGGGUUCGAGGAGCUUUAGCGUUGAGGCCGGACCCGAAGCCCUUCGGCCCGAGGGGCGGGUAUUUGAAGAUGUUCCAGGCGAAUCGGGGGAUGAGAAGAUCAUCAAACCCGGUUCGUUGGACUCUGGCUUGCGUGCAAUUGUCGAAUGCGCUAGUCUGUGCAACGUCGCAACCAUCUCGCAAAAUAAGGAAGGCGUCUGGAAGUCGACUGGCGAUCCAACCGAAGUUGCGCUCCAGGUUUUGGCUCACAAAUUGCAGCUCGGACGUCCUAAACUCGCCCGCGUUCAAAGUGAGGAAGAGGACGAAGAUGGCGCUGAGAUUGAUGAUAAAAGGGACGGGAGACGCUACCGGCUUCUUGUCGAGUAUCCCUUCGACUCCGAGUUGAAACGUAUGAGUGUCAUUUAUUCCGACCGCGAACGCCCGAACGAAAACUUGGUUUUGCUCAAAGGAGCGGUUGAGAAUGUCCUUGCAGCCAGCACGACCUGUUUGGCCAACCCGACCUCAGGUAUCGAAGAGGUUAUUCCGUUCACCGAGGCCCUCCGCGCUGCUACCAUGGCUCAAACCGAGACUCUCGCCGCACAAGGACUCCGUGUCCUCGCUCUCUCUGCUCGCCGCUCAGCCACUACCGGAUCUUCCGAAAACCCCAGUCGGGAGGAUACCGAGCGCGAAAUGACUUUCCUAGGUCUCGCUGGUAUCUAUGACCCUCCUCGCCCCGAAUCGCGCGAGGCCGUCCGGGCUUGCCGAGCUGCCGGUAUUACUGUCCACAUGCUCACGGGUGAUCAUGCCGCCACCGCCGCUGCUAUUGCUCGCGAAAUUGAGAUUGUUGGUCCUGACGCUCGUGUCGGGGGCAAGGAUGGUCAAAUCAUGACUGCCGCCGAGUUCGAUAGGCUCACCGACGAGGAGAUUGAUCAACUUCCGGAACUUCCGCUCGUUAUUGCUCGUUGCGCUCCCCAGACCAAAGUCCGCAUGAUUGAAGCUGGUUCCAGGCGAAGGAAGUACAUGGCUAUGACUGGCGACGGUGUCAAUGAUGCGCCCUCACUCAAACUCGCGCCGGUAGGCAUUGCAAUGGGUAUGGGUGGCUCUGAUGUAGCCAAAGAUGCUUCCGACCUCGUUCUUACCGAUGACAACUUCGACUCUAUUCGAUCCGCCAUCAGCGAAGGCCGCCGCAUAUUCGACAACAUCCAGCGUUUCGUCCUGCAUCUGCUCACCACCAACGUUGCCGAAGUCCUUCUACUCGUAAUCGGUCUUUGCUUUAUCGACGGCCAAGGAGCUAGUGUGUUCCCAUUGAGUCCGUUGGCGAUUCUAUGGAUCAACAUGGUUACAAGCAGCCCCCCUGCCUUUGGUCUCGGUUUGGAAAAGCCGGCCGUGAAUAUUAUGAAGCGCCCCCCGCAUAACAUUAAGACUGGUGUUUUCACGCUUCAAGUUAUCGGCGAUGUCUUUUUCUACGGGUUUGUUAUGGGUGCGACCUGCCUGGCCGCUUUUGUGAUCGUGGUCUACGGUGCCAACGAUGGAAACCUCGGCCAAGAGUGCAAUCGUGGGCUUAACGAAGGCUGUGAUGCUGUCUUCCGUGCCCGUUCGACUGUCUUUGCCACACUCAUCUUCCAGAUCUUGUUCUACGCAUGGGAGCUCAAGGCCCUCGACCGCUCUGUGUUUAACAUCACGCCCGGCCGCUUCUUCUUCAAGGACCUCUGGGCGAACCAGAUCCUCUUCUGGUCCGUCGUGAUUGGCUGCGCAUCCGUCCCUCUCGCGAUCUACGUCCCCGGUCUCAACACCCGUGUCUUCUACCAAAGCGGAAUCACAUGGGAGUGGGGUAUCAUCGUCGGGAUGACCUUGGUCUUCAUCUUGUCCGCUGAACUCUGGAAGAUCUUUGUUCGCAGCACGCCAUGGUACAACCGCCUCGGCGAGAAGCAUGGCUGGAGCGCGACCGCCGACGUUGUACGACCUGACCACAAGAAGCGAGCUCGUGGCGAUAGCGCAAGCUCCAUGGGUACUGAGACGUUGAACCUCGGCGAAAAGUCCCGAGAGAACAAGGAGGCAAGGGAACAACGACCACAGGAGGAAUUUGGCGACCAACGAGUAUGA